AGUCUUUUCCGGCCCAUCACGAUAACAGAUUUAGAGAUUAUUGUUAUUCUUUCGCUGACGAUUCCACAGUAUACUUUUCGGGCGACCUAACUUUAGUACACCGUUUCAUUUUCAUCUCUCUCUAAAACCCAAUCUCUGUUUGAUCGAGAUUAGGGUUUUGAAGGAUUAGAAAUGGCGAUGUUCAACGCCUCUCGUAGAUUCUCAAGCAUAACAUCAUCAUCUUCAACAGCAUCAAAACUUCAGUACUAUCUCAUCAGAUCUUUCUCCACAUCUUUCAGAGAAGAAAUGGAUACAUUUGGUCCCAUUCAAGUCCCUUCUGAUAAAUUAUGGGGAGCACAAACGCAGAGAUCGUUGCAGAAUUUCGAUAUAGGAGGAGAACGAGAGCAGAUGCCCGAACCUAUAAUUCGUGCGUUUGGCGUUCUUAAAAAGUGUGCUGCUAAGGUUAAUAUGGAGUAUGGUCUUGAUCCUACUAUUGGGAAAGCGAUAAUUCAAGCUGCUGAUGAAGUUUCUCAAGGGAAACUUAAUGAUCAUUUUCCGCUCGUGAUUUGGCAAACUGGAAGCGGUACUCAAAGUAACAUGAACGCCAAUGAGGUAAUUGCAAAUAGAGCGUCUGAGAUACUUGGACACAAACGUGGGGAGAAAUUUGUGCAUCCAAAUGAUCACGUCAAUAGAUCACAGUCAUCAAAUGACACAUUUCCUACUGUCAUGCAUAUUGCUGCUGCAGUCGAAAUAAACUCAAGAUUUAUACCAAGCUUGAAACAGUUGCACAGUUCAUUACAGUGCAAGUCUCUUGAAUUCAGUGACAUUAUUAAAAUUGGACGAACACACACUCAAGAUGCAACACCUUUAACUCUCGGGCAAGAGUUCAGUGGCUAUUCUACACAAGUGAAGUACGGAAUAGAUCGAGUAUUGUGUACUCUUCCACGGAUGUAUCAGCUUGCUCAAGGUGGUACGGCGGUAGGAACAGGAUUGAAUACUAAGAAAGGGUUUGAUGUGAAAAUUGCUACAGCAGUUGCAGAGGAAACCAAUCUACCAUUUGUUACGGCCGAGAACAAGUUUGAAGCUCUAGCUGCACAUGAUGCUUUUGUUGAAACUAGUGGAGCCUUGAACACAGUGUCUACUUCUCUUAUGAAGAUUGCAAAUGACAUACGUUUACUUGGAAGUGGUCCACGUUGCGGUCUUGGGGAACUUAUUCUACCUGAAAAUGAGCCGGGCAGCAGUAUCAUGCCUGGGAAGGUAAAUCCUACUCAGUGUGAGGCUCUCACGAUGGUCUGUGCUCAGAUUAUGGGAAACCAUGUAGCCAUUACAGUUGGUGGAUCAAAUGGUCAUUUUGAACUCAACGUCUACAAGCCAAUGAUGGCUAGUGCCCUUUUACGAUCAUUAAGGUUACUGGGAGAUGCAUCUGUAUCCUUCGAAAAGAAUUGUGUAAGAGGAAUUCAAGCCAAUAACGAGAGAAUUUCAAAAUUACUGCACGAGUCACUGAUGCUUGUCACCUCUUUGAACCCUAAAAUUGGUUAUGAUAAUGCUGCCGCAGUUGCCAAGAAAGCACACAAGGAGGGCUCAACUCUGAAGGAAGCCGCUUUAAAACUUGGUGUGCUAACAAGUGAAGAAUUCGAUGAGCUAGUGGUCCCUGCCAAGAUGAUUGGCCCCUCGGACUAAAACAUGAAAAAAUUUAGGAUCUUUAAGACAACAUUUUUCCGGCUUCCCGAGCCCAUUGGCUGGAAGCUGUGUUCUCCUUCUCUCAUGUGCACAUCUGUCUAUCAUUAUGAGAGAAUCGAUAAGAGAUGCGUGGUUUAAUGCGAAUAAAGGGGUGAUUCUAAUUUACCAUUGAUGAUGAUUUUCUGCUGACAUUUUCGAAUUUUUGGUUCAUGCAAGCCGUCUUGCGAUUUGAUUACCCUGAAAUGAAGGGAGAUUGAUUGCCCUAGUAAAGGGAGCUCUUUGUAACAAGAAAUGCUUGAAUAUUACAUGACACCAUUUUUUUAUUGCAACA